AUGUUUCUCAUUGGUUUUGAGCCUCAACCUAACGGUGGGGUCCACACUUGGCCGUCCCACGGUCAAAUCGAUGUAAGUCAGCAACAUAUCACUCAACUAUCACCGAUCAAAGACUACUUCACAGUUACACAAUGUACUUUCUUAGCGGCGCAAGCUGGCAAGCUGGGUCAGCAUGCUCAGUUGACAGAGCCGUUUGAGAUGGGUACCUUUGGUAUUGAGCGGCAGGAAUGUACAAUUGGUGAAAAUCGUAUUGAAUUCAACAAGCUUUCGAAGUGUCAGCACUGCUGUAAAUCAAGAUUGAAAUCAGGAGGACUAACCCAAGCUGGCCAACCUGUCAUACCAUUCCACCUAGACGAACGCCGUCAGCAGCCACUUGAAGGUACAAUUUACCCCACCAGGAACGACAGGGACCUGGAUCCUAAUGGCUGCGCACACCCACGUACCUUACUGGACCGUACCUACAAAUACCUUGGGGGAGCACGGGAGCUACUCCAGCUACAACGCCUCGCGCGUCCCGAGCAAUUCAUCACCGACAAAGCCGGAACAUAA